AUGGAGGAUUCGUCGACUAUUCGCAUGUCAAUAAAUCAUCGAGAACGAUGUCGAAUGCAUGAUUUAAACGAGGCUCUUGAUGAUCUCAGAGCUGUGAUCCCCUAUGCGCACGGAACUUCGGUGAGAAAAUUGAGCAAGAUUGCCACUCUUCUCUUGGCAAAGAAUCACAUUCUCAUGCAGGCAAACGCUAUCGAUGAACUACAAGUGAUUGUUGGAAAGCUUCGAAAAGAGCUCGAUUCACACAGGGAAAAGAAUAAUCAAAACAAAAGUGAACAAAGUGAUUCG